UUGAUUCUUAGAUACGCUUUACUCGUUGAGGCGUUAAGUAAAAUGAGUUCGCAAGGUAAAAGUAGCCUGGGAAGCUGUGAUAGUGACGAGAAGAAAUAUGAGCUGGUGCCUCCCGAGGGCGGCUGGGGAUAUGCGGUUUGCGUUGGCCUCUCUGUUAUUUUUAUCGCUGGUACAGCACACCAACCGGUCUUUGGGUUUAUAUACAAUGACUUUCUCGACGAGCUCGGCGUUGGUACAGGCGCCGUGACAGUAGUGUACGGAGUGUUCCAAGUUACACUGGCCAUUGCUGGUUUUUCAUCGAAUAUCGUACUUAAGAAACUAUCACUGAGGCAAGUCGGGCUUAUCGGUGCGUUUAUUUACACAUUAGCCUCGUUCCUAGCUAUAUUUGUGACUUCUACAACACAAUUAAUUGUAACGAAUGGGCUUCUUCAAGGUCUAGGAAUGGGUCUUCUUAUUCCAGUAUCCUAUACUAGUUUCAACAGUUACUUUACAAGGAAAAAAGUGCUUUAUUUAAGUUUGUGUAAGGCUUCAAUUGGAUUGAUAACGAUGGUGUAUCCGUUGUUUAUAAAGUUUACCAUAACGGAGUACGGGUUUCGAGGGACGUUGGCUAUCCUUUGUGCAAUUUCCGCUCACAGCAUAUUCGGUGCUCUAGUCAUGCAACCUGUGCAAUGGCAUAUGGUUAAAAGAAUGAAGUCUUGCGAAAAAAUUGUCCUUAUACCACCAACGCCGGCUUCUGAAGAUAACGAUAACAAAUUCGACUUUUUAAAACCCAACAAUAUCGCAAAACAGGACACAAAAUCGGUGCAAAAUUUAUAUACGAAAAAUUAUGAAGAUAAAAAAGAAUCGGGAUUGUUAUUCAUUCCAAAAUUAACAGAUUCAAGAAGGCUCAGCAUUCCUGUAGUUCUGAUCCCAAGCGAUGCAAGAACAGAUAGCAAGUUCAGCUCUAAUGACAAUGUAUAUUUAGAGAACUUGUUUAAGGCCGCUUCGGUAUCCAGUUUGGGCAACUUUGGUAACAUUGUCGUUGAACCAUUGCCGAUCAUUAAGAACAAGGAAGGCAAGUGGCAAACAAUUGCAGAAUACUUAGAUUUAACGCUUUUAAAAGAUUUUGUUUACGACAACAUAAUAUUUGGGAUGGCGAUGACAUUUUUUGCUGAUUUAACGUUUUUCACACUUGAACCACUUUUCCUUGACAAGAAUAACCUUAGUAAGGCCGAGAUAGCGAACAUCAUAGCAGUUGGAGGCGCAACGGAUAUGACAGCGAGACUAUUACUCGGCCUUUCGGGACACUUCCUUAAGCUGAACAGUCGAUACAUGUUUUAUGCGGGGGCAUUGCUCGCUGCAUUAUUCAGAUUAGUUUUUAUACAGUUUACGACAUAUCUUCCUAUGUUGAUACUGACUGGGAUACUAGGAGCUCUCCGGUCUUUAGUACACAUAGCGCAGCCAAUAGUGAUGGCUGAACACGUUCCCAUAGAACGAUAUCCACCAGCUUAUGGCCUUUAUAUGCUUCUAUCUGGUGGCAUCAGCUUGAGCGUGGGACCUAUGAUAGGUUUUAUUCGUGACUAUACGCGAAGUUAUGUAAUUGCUUUCGUCAUGCUAGCAGUUUGCAACUUUUGUUGUGUAGUUCCAUGGACUGUAGAAGCCGUCAUAAUGUAUUUGAAACGAAGAAGAAGUCGAAACACAUGA